ACACCUUCUGCGUGACGUCACUGCGGUUCCAGCGCUAUAAAAUCACGCGAGUGCGCGCACUGGAUUGGCAGAGUAUUUGUUUGUAGUGCGUAGUUGUUGUUGAAGAAACCUGACGAUGGUGCAACUUUCCAAAACUGGAGCGAGGGACACGCUGAAGGCUGGCCAUCCUCCUGCAGUAAAAGCAGGUGGGAUGCGAGUUGUAAAGAAAAAUGCAGAGGACAAUGUGGAGAAGGAGACAAAGAAAGUGGAUAAACACAAGUCUGUGCCUACUUCCAGACAGCAACACUUGAGUCUUCUACUGGCUGGUCCUCUUGAAAAGUUGGGUCACGACUUUCCAGAAACUCCGGUUUCUGUCCGACACUGCAGAGUCCGACCAGGUGUGGAGAAGCCGCAUGUCCCUCGCACACAUUGUAUCCAACAGCCACGCAAGUUUUGAGCUCAAACUGCCUCUGUUGCUGAGCUUCUGAAGUGAUGUGCUCAAGACAACUAGAAAAGCUAUUUGAAAAAAGUAUUUUUGUAUUUAUGUAACCAUCUUGGUUGCACUUUUUGUAGCUUUGCAUCUUACUGCGUAGGUUCUGCAUUGGCGCUGCGGGUGGACUUUACGUUACAUUAACCCAGUAUAUAUUAAAGAUGGUGUUUGCUUUCCUUGCAUUUCACAAAUGAAUGUUUAGAAGAUUGACAUUACAUUGUCGCAUUAAUAAAUAUGCAUGAGACUCAA